UAUUAUUAAAAAUCAGUAUUAGAAAAUAUGUAAGCAGAUAAAAAAGAAUGGCCUGAAACAGUUGGAAAGAAUGUAGAUGAAGCUAAGUAAUUAAUCUUGGCAGAUGAUGCAAAUAUCUAAGUGCAAGUAUUGAUUGAAGGAUCUAUGACAACAAGAGAUUUCAGAAUUAAUAGAGUGAGAAUCUUUCAUAAUGAUUAAAAUAUCGUUGUAUCAAUUCCAAGAAGAGGAUGAUAUUUAUAUAAUUAGAAUAAAUAAUCUACAAUACUUUGUAAAUAAUAUAUAUAUGAAU